CUGCUCUCUUGAAGCCUCGAUCAGGCAGCAGCUUUCAUGAACGGAGGACGCGCCGUGGCAACGACCAUCGCUUUCUCACUCAGCCAAUCACCUGUGAGGAAAUGGUGGCAAUAAGCACUCCUCCAUCAGCAGAUAUCCGGUCUGGGCAGGUUGAAUCAGUGGGGGACGGAGGUGAAAGCUGCAAGAUGAGCAUGAAAGACAAGCUGGCCCUCUUUAACAGACUGUCUGUACAUGGAAAGAAUGGGGCCAGCCCCACCGGCGGACCCCCAGAGAGGCGAAAGCAAAAAGGAGCUCGGUACCGUAUCCAGCCCAUCACAGUAGACGAAGUCAAUCUGCUUCAGAAAGGCCCCAUUCAGCUUCCUGCCUUCAGUUUGUCCCCUAAUCUGUACGACAGACAGCAGGCCUCGUUUGUUAAUCUAAAACCCAGCGAGGUGCUCCUUAUACAACCAAAAUCUGAACUUUCAGAACCUGAAUCAAAACACCAGGGCUCACAGGAGUACAAUUCUGACCCGUGCUUGAAGGGGAUCCUGAAGAAGAGACGGCCUGAAGGCUCAGAGUGGAGCGAGAACGAAGGUCGGGAACUGCCACAAAACCAGCAACAGAAUGGUGAAGACUGCACAGAUGCAGAGAUGUUUGGGAGGAUAGAAGGAGUUGAGAGGCUGGAAUCACAGAGAGAGACAUCAGAAGUGGAGCGUAGUUCUGUCAAAGUAGCUCCCUGGAGGCAGAGAGCUCGAAACAGGAGGGAGACUCCAACACAAGUCCUGUCAGAGCAGGAUGCUCCUCAGGAGGAGUGGCCUUCUCAGAGCUCACCACAGGAGAUCAUUUCCUCAGCUUCAAACAGCUCAGAUGUUACUGGGCAAGUUGAAUGA